CAUUAAUAGUAGUCGUUAGCAUUCACAGCUUACUUCGAAGAUAUAACAGCCAGCCAGCCGCUGCCAUGCAUGCUAUUAUUUUUAUGUCUUCUUCUUCAUUACCACUUCCGUCAGCUGCUAACUCGCCGGCGACUCAAACACAGGCGACCGCCGGAACGGUGGAUCAUGUCUCAUCAGCAAGCCUCCCUCGCACAGUUUGGGGCAAUGGCUUCCUCGACCACAGAUUUGAUUAUGCGUCACUCCAGGCGAACCAUAAACAGCCAAAACACGAAGUUUUGAAGCAAGAGGUGAGGAAGAUGGUGAUAGAUUACGAUGUAAAAAGUGGAGACUCUGAGUCACAUAUUGCAGAUAAGCUACGACUGAUAGAUGCAGUACAACGGCUAGGCGUUGGAUAUCACUUCGAGAAGGAGAUCGGAGAAGUUCUUGAAAGAGUUGAUGAUUUAGGAGAUGACUUAUUUUCUAACAUUGGUGACAAAGGUUCCGAUCUCUACCAUGCAGCUCUCCGGUUUCGACUCCUGAGACAACAAGGGUUUCCUGUAUCGCCGGAUGGGUUUAGAAAGUUGAAAGGAAGUGAAGGAAAGUUCAAAGAGUGGUUGGCGAAGGACGAGAAAGGAUUGUUGAGCUUGUACGAGGCAACACACAUGGCGUUCAAUGGGGAAGAUAUAUUGGAUGAACUCCAGAGUUUUGCUACAAAGACCCUUGAGUCAAUCUUCCCACACAAUAUAACCAACCCUUCAUUCCAAAAGCAGAUCGACUUUGCUCUUCGCGUUCCUGCUUGGAAAUGUGUCCCGAGGUCCCUUGCUAGACACUCCAUCGAUUUCUACUCUAUGGACUCUUUCCACCAUGAAAAACUCCUCGCCUUUGCAAAGAUGGAUGUUAGGGCUCUCCAAGAACUACCCGACAGGAUGAGAAAUGUAUAUAGUGUCAUCCUUAAUCUAUAUGAUGAAAUCGAGAAGGAAACUGGGAAAAUAGGACCCACUUUCGGUGUCCAAUAUGCAAAGGCAGAGCUCAAGAAAUUGUCCCAAGCCUACUUGGGUGAGGUUCGGUGGCGCAAUGAAGGUCGGGUUCCGACACUGAGAGAGUACAUUAUCAAUGGAGUUGCCUCUAGCGGUGUGUCCAAACUUUGCACAUCGUGUUUCGUUGGUAUGGGAGCAGAGAUAGCCACCAAGAAGGCUUUUGAAUGGGUAACUAAUGAGUCUAAAAUGAUGAAUGCUGGUUGUCUCAUUGCUAGGGUUCAAAAUGACAUUUUCUCUCACGAGUUUGAACAAAAGAGGAACCAUGUGGCUUCAGCCGUGGAAUGUUGUAUGAAGGAGUAUCGAGUGUCGGAGAAAGAAGCUGUUGAAUUCCUGUGGAAAGAGAUUUCUAACGCGUGGAAAGAUAUUGUCGAAGAGUAUUGUCAGAAACCGACCUUGUUGCCAUCAACCGAUCUCACGGAUCGUCUCCUCAAUUUGACACGUCUAAUCAAUAUAUUCUACGACGAUGGUGAUUGCCUCAUCAAUUCCCACCUUUUGAAGGAUCAUCUCACCUCACUUUUCAUUGAUCCCGUGCCUCUUUGAAGAAAUCAUUGACAU